GAACGUUCGCUCCUUACUUUUCUUUCGUUCUUUCUCGUCAUUUCUUUUCCGAAACAUCAAAUAACGGUGCACCAAUGAUAAUAAUAAUAAGGUAGACACAAAGUACGAUAUCGGUGAAUGAAAGGAUGCCAAUACAUCAAAGCAACUGAUCGUCUCUAAUACGUUGCAAUAAUCGACAUAGAUCGUGUACAAGUGUACCAGUUCAAUGUCCUAACAUACUAGAAUAUUAGCAGUACGAUAUGAGUUUUCUGAAGAGCCACGACAUAUCUAUCAGCUUGACGUCGACAUUUAUGAAGCUCAUUGGAAUAUGGACGUCGAAAAACCAAAUGGAACGACGCGUCAGACUUAUUACGCUGAUUUACGCGUUCUCCAUUAUUCUCUUUGCUCUAUGGAUAGAGAUUACGGAUACUUACUAUUCGUUCGAUGAUUUAAGUACCCGCAUUUACAACGUGUGCAACAUUUUGGCGGUCCUAAUGCCUCUUCUGAAGAUGACAGUAUUGCUUGCGCAUAAACAAGAAUUUUUUCAUUUAAUCGUAUAUACGCAACGAAGAUUUUGGCACGAGAAUUACGAUGAGGACGAGAAAAAGAUUUAUAUGGACUGCAAACGCAAAUGUACCGUCUUUGUUUGUUUCGUAAUAUUCACCACCAAAGCGACCCUUAUUUGUUACGCCCUUAGUCCAAUUCUUGAAAAUAUUGGAAGGAACGAAUCGGAUAGGGAGCUUCCAUUUAAUAUGUGGAUUGACUUGCCACUGACAGCGACACCAUACUAUGAAAUAACACUUCUGUUGCAGGUACUGAAUUAUUUCCUUUCCAUAAUACUCAACGUAUAUAAUACCGUUAAAUUUAAUACCAGUAACAAAACAAUGGAAAUCUUUAUACAUUCACAGCUCAUGGCAUUGUAUUAUGUUGGAGUCGGCUAUUUCUGUUUCGACAAUCUAUUAUGCGUCAUGAGUCUACACUUAGCUACUCAAUUUCAAAUACUGCAAUAUAAAAUGUCCCGCAUGACCGAUUUAACGAAUAAAGAGAAGGGAGAAACAAAUCCACAAUUGUUCUCAGGAUCAUCGGCAAAUAAAUGUUACACCGCCUUUAAGAAAUAUAUUCAACAACAUCAAGCUCUCAUAGCUUAUUGUCGCAAACUGGAAUCGGUAUUUAAUUUGCCUGUUUUGGUGCAAGUGCUGGCGUUCAGUUUGGUAAUGUGUCUCGAUGGGUACCAGAUACUUAUGCCAGGGGCACCUACCAGAACACGUUUCAUCUUCAGCUUCCAAUUAAUAGCCUGUCUAUGCCAAUUACUGAUGUUCACCUACAGCUGUGACUGCAUCAUGCAAGAAAGCACGAGCGUAGCUUUGGCAGUGUAUAAAGGACCUUGGUCAUUUUUGCCUGCAACCGAAAGCGGUAUGAUGAUGCGAAAAGACUUGAUACUCGUUACUAUAAGAUCUGGCGUACCUUGUUGCAUAACAGGCUAUGGAUUCUUCGUCGUGUCUCUAGAGACAUACACUCGGGUUUUAAGUACUGCGGUAUCAUAUUUCACACUGUUAAGACAAACUACACAGGAGACCCUCAAUUCGUAAUAUAUAUAUUUCAAUUGCAAGUAUACAGAAUGACUAGUAACAGAUGAUAAAGUAUGUAAGGGGUGCUGUUGCAAAGUGAAAUAAAACUACAAUGAAAAAUAA